AUGAUUUGUGGCCUGUAUGUAUUUAGCUCCGGGGGGAAAGACAGGAUUCCGCAGCGCAGCGCAACGCGCCUUUCAAAAGUGAGCGCAUUACCAGCAGGCGUACAGCGAACGGGACAUACCACUCAGACGCUUGUUGUGCUUAAGGAGUCUACUUACAAGGGUUUGUCAGUUGCUGCUGUGAAGAGCAGAUGGAUUAAAAAUGUCAAUAAGCUUUUACUUUAUAGAGAGGUCAAGAAGAGAUAUACAUGGAUCAGACAGACAUAUUCGAAACUGAUAGCAGCACGCUGUGAAUCGCCCAUUAAAAAGGCACGUCACGGAAUUAAAACAGCAGCCUGA